AUGGCCCGCGAGGGCGAAGGCUUCGAACUGGAGACCGAGCUGCAUGCUGCUGCAAGGCAGGGCGACGUAGAAGCGCUGAAGCGGCUGGUGGCCGCAGAAGCAGACGUGAACAAGGCGGAUGUGGACCUCUACACCCCAUUGCACCGUGCCUGCGAUAGGAAAGAUGCAGCUUGCGUAGAGCUGCUCUUGCAGUACAAGGCGGACCCCAACGUGUCGCACCCUGGCUUGGAUGGUUGGACGCCCCUACACCUUGCUGCCUGGCGGGACUCCAAGCCCUGUGCUUCUCUCCUGCUUCAAGCUGGAGCCGACUCUUCAGCCCUCGACUGGUAUGGCAAGACUGCCCUGGCGCUUGCAGGGCAAGAGGUCAAGCCGCUCAUCCGCGAGAAGGUCGCGAGCCAGCCGAAGGGCUCCGACAGCUGGCAGAACUUCCGCAAGGGCUGCGUGAUGCAGCCCUCUGCCGUCCAUCUCGCUAACAUCGAGCGGUGUAACAAGGCCUCUCAGGAGCACGGCGAGCAACAGGGCGACUUCUGUGCCAAUUUCGAUGUCCAGGCAGACAACGCAAGCAAGGCAGCUGUGAAGUCUCGGCUCUGA